AUGAAACCAUUAGUCAACCAGGAGUGGACCUUUUCCGAGGUAAAGGAGGCAAGGUCAAUCAUCGCCAGGCUCAACAACAAUUACCACAUCCAUGAUGAAGCCGAGAACAACAAGAACAAGAAGCAAGAUAUUGUGGUUGAACUCCACACAUGGUUUCCUUGGAAGACUGUACAAGAGGUAUCAGACUUGUAUGAUGUUCUUGUUGCGGAGAUGUUGUGUGAGGAGAAUGGGUAUGGUGGUGCUAAUGGAAUACAAGGCAAUAUUUCUAGCAUGGAUAGCCUUGUGAAUAGUAACUUUGGGGUACUAGAAGAGAAGGCGGACAACAUAUACGGUGAUGGUUAUUAUGGGUUUGGGUGUCCACCAGAUGGUAUGAAAGUCAUGGAGACAAGGAAGGAGGUGCCGAUGGGUGAGGAGGACAAGGUCGACAUAGUGAAGAACAAGAUGCCCAUUCAUCAACAGGUGGCUACACCAUAUUCUACAAGGCUCUUCCUCCACGGUCUGCGCGUGUAUGGUAAUGAGCGUGGAAGGUGGAAGAAAAUAUCCAAAUACUUCGUCACCACCAGGACUGCAGUCCAGGUUUCAAGCCACGCACAAAAGUACUUCAAGAGGCUAGAGAGGAAAGGGAAGCAAAGCCUGCGCCAUAGCAUCAAUGAUGUGGAGCUGGACGAAGCCGACCUGAAGGCAAUGGGUAUUAGCUUUCCCAUAGAGAAUGCAAUUUCUUCUGCUGAUGAAAACAUCCACAACUCAAGCUCUCAGUUGCAAACUCCAUCAAUCCCGUUUGCUGCUCAUCCUGAGUUGCCUUACCCAGAGAAAGCAAUGCAGAUGCCGGCUUGGAGUGACAAGAAUGUGAUGGUUCCGGUGGCAACACCGGUGGCAGGUCCAUCGUGCUUUUUCUCCUACCAGUGA